AUGAAAGACACUGAACGCUACCUGUCGUCCAUGCUAAAGCAUUUUGACGGCAAAGAAUCCGACACCAACUGGGAAGCACGCGAACAAACAAUUGCACACAUUCGAGAAAUCGUACAAACGACUAAUACACCGGACGAAAAGCAAAGUUUAGCACGAUUGUUACGCUCCUAUGUUGACGCCCUCACUCAAUCGGUACAUAGUCUACGAAGUACGGUAGCGUUAUCCGCAUUAGGACUUAUCCAUACACAACAGAUCAACUCUUUCUUCACACCCUCCGUUGCGCAAGCACGCCCAAAAAAAUCAUUGCCGCGCACUCAAAAGAUGCAUGCGCAACGCUAUUAUCCAACACCCCUUAUCGCCACCGCAUCAUCCAACAAGUGA